CCAUCUAAUCACUGCAUAUUCAUUCUACAUGAGUGUCUACCACACCCCGUCUCCCUCCUCUGCCACGUCAUCACCGCUCUCAAUCGAUAUACCGCAGAGGAAGUGUGUCAUAUGCCUCCGACCCGCGUAUAGCAACAACUAUGGAGUCCUUACUUGUGAUGCUUGCAAGAUGUUCUUCCGGCGGAUAGUGAUACUCAAAAAAGACUACAAAUGCAAGUACGAUGGACGGUGCGCCCACGUGGCAAAGUCCCCAAUGGUCAAGUGCAAGGGAUGCCGGUAUCAACAGUGCCUGGAUGCUGGAAUGUCAUUCCAGCCGACUUUCUUGGAAUUGACGAAUGAGAAGGAUUUGGAUAUAUCCGUAACUAUUGGGAACUUGGUUUUCUUGGAUACUCGAAAAAGUCGAAUAAUGAAGACACAGUUUACCGACGAUAAUCUUUCGCUGGAGCAGAUUGUCGAUACGCGGAGAAUGAAGAUGAAGUCAAGGACAAUCAACAAGUACAUCAGCCCACAGGAUUGGACGUUUUUGGCGCUCUACACCACUGUCGAUCUUUUGUUGAAUUUGGAUUUUAUGGAGAAGCUGAGCACACCUGAUAAGUUAAUUCUUCUCCGUCACUCGGCUUCAAAAUGUGCACUAUUGGGAGGAGCCAUGCGGACAUAUUUGGACAAAAAAGAUCGAAUGACUACUGUCGAUGGGCAGGAUAUUUAUCCAAAAGAGAUGCGGGCGUUACUCGGUUUUCAGCAAGGAGCUGAUCAGUUUUUGGAUAGAGUCCGGAGCUUGUUGAUUAGCAAACUGGCAGAGUUGGAUGUCACAACAGAGGAAUGCAUUUUGAUCAGUGCCAUAAUAUUUUGUGACCCAGCUGUAUUCUACGAUCAAGACAAUCCAAACGCCCAGCAAAUCGUCUCGGCUCAACAGCAAAACUUCACGUCGGCUCUAUCACAAUAUUGUCUACUGAUGUACCAUAGAAACGGGCCUUCAAGGCUGACAAACUUGCUAUCCCUAUGUCCGAUUAUUCAGAAGAACUUUGAGGAUCUACAGUACCUUACGAUGGUCUUUCGGCUCGCUGUGAAAGGAAUGAAGUUCAAGAAAAUUGAGCAGGAAUUGAUAUGAUUUCACUGUGAUUAAGAGUAUCUGUAUAAUGAAAUAUUGAGCCAUAUUGAAAACUAUCAAGUGACAUAUCUGUUGAAAAUUCUAGAACAUAUUAUAUCAACUCAAAUAAAUACUUUAUAACAUUUU